AUGAGUUUAUUAAAAAGUAGGUUGGUCUUAAGAUCAAGACAAUCAAAUUUAUUAUUUAGGAGAAGAUUUUCUCAAUAUAAUUAUACCAAUCCAUAUCCUUCUCCUAAUGUCAAUAAAACUUCAUGGGUUAAAAAAUUAUUUUAUGUCACGGCAGGAUUGGGUGUUAUUACAGGAUAUGCAUAUUAUAUGUGGUGGCCCAAGCAUACUUUUCCAAGUUCAAUAGCUAAAAUUUUACGUAAAGGAUUAUGGGCAGAAAGUGAUAAAGGAGAAUUUGAUUAUCAACUAGCAUUAAAACAUUAUCUUGAAGCAUUGGAACAUGCACAAGAAAUAGGAUUAGAUCCAUUAAGUGAUGAAUAUACUGGAAUACAAUUGAAAAUUGGAGAAAUGUUUGAAAGAUUAAAUAUGUUAACUGAUGCUGCUUAUAUUUAUAAUGAAAUCGCUACAUUAUAUUUAACUGUAUUAACAGCAUCCCCACAAUCUGAAGAUGGUUUAAGAAUUAAAGAUCGUAAACAUAGGCGUCAUUUGAUUCAAAAAGAUUUAAGAAUUGCACUUAAAUUAGUUAGUUUAAACACUUCAAAUCCUGCAUUAUCAAAAGCUAUUUUAAUAACUCAUUUAAUUAUUGCUCAAGAUGAAGUAAAUAAAUUAAUGGGACAAACCCCUGGUAAACUUAAUUUAAUUAAUAAAAUUAAACCAGAUGGUGGUAAUAACAAUAGUCAACAACCAGGAGAAUCUUAUACUGCAGUUUUAGAAAAUGAUGAAAUUGUAAUUACUAAUAGUGCAACUGGAGAAGAAUCAAGAAUUAAAAAAACUCCUGAAGUUUGGGAACCUUUUACUGAUGAAUUUUUCAAUGCAAUGGAUUUAUUAAGUGCAAUUUGUAUAAGUGCAGGAGAUUUAACUAUGGCUACAAAAGUUAAAAUUGCAAUGAAUGAAUCUAUGUUAUUAGCAGAUAUUGAACCUUCUAAAAUGUUAUUAUCUCAAUGUAAUCUUGGUUCUUUAUUAUAUAUGCAAGCGGAAGAAUUAGAAGCUCAAGAAAUUGGAUUAAAAAGAAAAAUUUCAGAAUUAUCAGGUAUAAAAUAUGAAGAAUUAAAUGGAGAUCAAGAUUUUUCAUCACAAAAUCAAUUAAAAGAAACAAUUCCUAUUCAAGAUCAAGAAGCAUUUAGAAAUGUUGUCAAAUCAAGAGAAAUUUGUUUAAAAUUAGCUGUUAAAUCAUAUGAAUCAGUAUUACAAUUUGCUAAAUCUUUCCCACAAGAUUUUAUUAAACAACAUAAAGAAAUUAGUGAAACUGUUGCUAUUGCAACUUAUGGAUUAGGAGUUAUUAAUCUUCAUUUAAGUCAAUAUGAUAAAGCAGAAAGAUUCUUGCGUGAAUCAAGAGUAAGAGCAAGAAAUUGUAAUUAUGAUACAUUAUUUCCAAUGAUUGAAAAAGAAUUGGAAAAAUUAUUCAAUGAAAAGAAACUUGUGAAAAACAAUACAACUAUUCGACGUGAUAUUCCAGAAAUCGAAAUGGACAUAACUUUGAAAUAG